AGGACUUUGAUUAGGUUUUAAGCAUCAGUCUUUUCUGCUGACUUAACACUCAGGUUGAAAGCUCACAUUUCCCUUUCUCUAUGCGCCACCUUCCUCAAUAAAGUGAAAUACACUAAUUACCUGUAAUGUUUUAAAAGGUGAUGACAAGUUAGGCAAGUUCAGCUUUCCAUACAGCCCCAGGUGGUUUUUGUGCUGAAACAUUACACUUCACAAAGGACUUGCAGAUUAAUAUACGUAUAAAGGAGAUUUGCAGCGUAUGAAUGAUGGCGUUUCAGCAAGCUUCUGACUACCUAAUCUUCUAUGUCAAUGGACGGAAGGUCGUGGAAAAAAAUCCAGACCCUGAAGAUAUGCUACUUCCAUAUUUAAGGAGGAAUUUGCACCUGACAGGAACUAAAUAUGGCUGUGGAGGAGGUGGUUGUGGAGCUUGCACCGUCAUGAUCUCCACUGUGCACCCAGUCUCCAAGAAGAUAAUACACUAUCCAGCAUUGGCUUGCCUCCUCCCUAUAUGUUCUCUCUAUGGAAAUGCUGUGACAACUACAGAAGGAAUAGGAAAUUCCACAACCAAACUGCACCCGGUUCAGGAGAGAAUAGCCAAAGCUCAUGGAUCUCAGUGUGGGUUCUGCACGCCUGGAAUGGUGAUGUCUAUAUACACCUUGCUAAGGAAUCACCCAGAACCCACAAUGGAGCAGAUACUGAGUGCUUUGUCAGGAAACCUCUGUCGGUGUACAGGAUAUAGGCCAAUUCUCGAUGGUUGUAAAACUUUUUCCAAAGAUUGUUGUUUAAAUGAAAAAAAAGAACAUAGGCUGGAAGAAGUAAAGAGCUUUCCUAAACUGUUUUAUGAAAAAGACUUCUUGCCUUUGGAUCCAACGCAGGACCUAAUCUUCCCUCCAGAGUUAAUGAUGAUGUUCAAUAGCCAGAAAAAGAUGAAUGUUUUCCUCGGAGAAAGAAUAACGUGGUAUUCUCCUUCAACACUUGAUGAAAUUCUAGAACUGAAGACUAAGUAUCCCAGUGCACCCCUUGUUGUUGGGAAUACAGCCCUAGGUCCUCAGAUGAAGUUCCAAGGAGUCAUUCACCCUGUGCUCAUCUCACCAGUCAGGGUCAUGGAUCUGUACAAUGUCAGCUUGAAUGAUAUGGGAAUAUCUAUUGGAGCUGCCUGCAGCCUCUCUCAAGUCAAGGAGAUUCUUUGUGAGAAUAUAUCUGCUAUACAGGAAGAUAAAGCCAAGAUAUUCCAUGCACUUCUACAGCAUCUCGGCACACUGGCGGGAGAGCAAAUCCGCAGCAUGGCGUCUAUAGGAGGACACAUCAUCAGCAAACGUACCAUAAGCGACUUAAACCCAAUACUUGCUGCAGGAGGUGCCAUACUGAAUUUUGCUUCCAAAGGAGAAACUAGACAGGUCGAACUGAAUGAAUUAUUUUUCACUGGCUCAUCACCACAGAAAUCAGAGGAAGUCUUGCUCUCUGUCUUUAUCCCUUAUUCUAAAAAGGAUGAGUUUGUGUCUGCCUUUAGACAAGCUCAAAGAGAUGAAAAUGCAAAUGCAAUUGUAAAUGCUGGAAUGAAAGUCCAUUUUGAAGAAGACACUGAUAUUGUGAAGGAAAUGGCCAUUUACUAUGGCUGUAUGGGACCUUCAACUGUAUAUGCAAAGAACACCAGUCAGGCCCUUAUAGGAAGGCACUGGGAUGAGGAGAUGCUGAACGAAGCUUGCAAACUGAUUCUGGAAGAAAUUACUCUCUCGCCUUCAGCUCCUGGAGGAAAAGUGCAAUACAGGCGGGCUCUUACUAUCAGCUUCUUCUUUAAAUUUUACCUGCAAGUCCUACAGUGUCUGAAGAAAACAAUCAAAUCCUCUUCUGUGGCCUCAGAUUAUAUAAGUGCAAUUAAAGACUUUGAAAUAAAUACACCAAAGACCUUACAGAUUUUUCAGGAAACUGAACAAGAACAGCCAAUUGAUGAUCCUGUUGGACACCCCAUAGUGCACACAUCUGGUAUCAAACAAGCCACUGGGGAGGCAAUAUACGUGGAUGAUAUGCCUACAGUGGAUCAAGAACUUUUCAUUGCUUUUGUCACCAGCAAGAGAGCUCAUGCUAAAAUAUUGUCAAUUGAUGCAUCUGAAGCUCUUGCACUUCCUGGUGUGUGUGAUAUUAUAAGAGCAGAGGACAUCCCAGGAAAGAAUGAACUGGAUGGAUUGAACCAUUUGUUUUCAGAAGACAAAGUAGAGUGUGUGGGUCAAAUAAUCUGCGCAGUUGUGGCAGAUACUCCAAAGCAUGCAAAGCAAGCUGCCGCCAAAGUGAAGAUCGACUACCAAAAUCUAGAACCUGUUAUUCUUACUAUGGAGGACGCUAUUAAAAAUAAUUCAUUUUUUGAGCCUGAAAAGAAAAUCAUUCAUGGAAAUGCAGAGGAAGCUUUUAAAAGUGCUGACCACAUCCUUGAAGGUGAAGUCCACAUUGGAGGACAGGAACAGUUCUACAUGGAAACCAAUACUGUGCUUGUUGUGCCUAAGGGAGAAGAGAAUGAACUUGACAUCUAUGUAUCAACCCAAGAUCCAACUGGUGUACAGCUUGCAGUUGCUGCUUGCCUUAAUGUUCCUUCUAACAGAGUUAUGUGCCACGUGAAGCGUGUUGGAGGCGCGUUUGGAGGCAAGAUCACUAAGCCAUCCAUAUUUGCCUGUGCUUCAGCAGUGGCUGCUCACAAGACCAAACGCCCUGUUCGUUGUGUUCUGGAGCGUGGGGAAGACAUGCUUAUUACUGCAGGACGCCACCCAUUCUUUGGAAAAUACAAAGUGGGAUUUAUGAAUGAUGGCAGGAUUGUUGGACUAGAUGUUUCUUUCUAUACCAAUGCUGGGUGCUCCACAGAUGAAUCAAUCUUGGUCUUAGUGGUGGCCUUGAUAAAGAUGGACAAUGCCUACCACUUUCCCAACCUAACAUGUACCGCUACCGCAUGUAAGACUAACCUUCCAUCCAACACCGCUUUCCGUGGCUUUGGGUUUCCCCAAACUGGCCUGGUUACUGAGACCAUCAUGGAUGCAGUGGCUGUAAAAUGUGGGCUACAACCUCAUCAGGUGAGAGAGAAAAACAUGUACACAGGAAUUGGGAAAACCCAUUACAACCAAGAGUUUGAUUCUACUAAUCUGAUGCGAUGCUGGAAUGAGUGUAUGCAAAAGUCAAGCUACCAGAGCAGAAGAGAUGCCAUUCAAGAGUUUAACAAGGAAAACUACUGGAAAAAGAAGGGAAUUGCCAUUAUACCUCUAAAAUUUACAGUUGGCUUUGUUGAGAAAACAUAUCAUCAGGCAGCUGCUCUGGUGCAUAUUUACAGGGAUGGCUAUGUACUUGUUAGUCACAGCGGUGUGGAGAUGGGUCAGGGACUUUACACCAAGAUUGUACAGGUUGUUAGCCGAGAACUAAAGAUACCCAUGUCUUAUAUUUACAUAUGCGAAACCAGCACAGUUACUGUACCAAAUUCUAUCGCAUCUGGAGGCUCUAUCGGAACAGAUAUAACUGGGAUUGCUGUUAAGAAUGCAUGUGAUAUCCUUCAACAGAGACUGGAACCCAUAAUCAGUAGGAAUCCCAAUGGCAAAUGGGAGGAAUGGGUUUCAGAGGCCUUUGAACAAAGAAUUAGCCUUUCAUCAACUGGAUAUUACAGGGGAUAUGACACUUACAUGGACUGGGAGAAGGGAGAGGGUCACGCUGGUCCUUAUUAUAUUUUUGGUGCUGCAUGUUCCGAGAUCGAGCUUGACUGUCUGACUGGAAAGUACAAUAACCUGCGCACUGAUAUUGUUAUGGACCUGGGACAGAGCAUUAAUCCAGGAAUAGACAUUGGACAGGUUGAAGGGGCAUUUACCCAAGGAUUUGGUCUGUACACAACGGAGGAACUUCAAUAUUCCCCUUUUGGGUCAUUGUACACAUUGGGCCCUGAUAAAUAUAUAAUGCCAGCUGUGUGUGAUAUUCCAAGAGAAUUUAAUGUUUAUUUACUAGCUUCAUCCAAUAAUCCAUAUACCAUCUACUCAUCAAAGGGUGUUGGUGAGACUGCCCUGUUCUUGGGGUGCUCUGUGUUCUUUGCUAUCAAAGAUGCAAUAGACUCUGCUCGUGCCGAACGUGGGUUAUCCAAGGACUUCACCUUAAACAGUCCAGCAGGUCCUGAGAGGAUCAGAAUGGCUUGCUCAGAUUAUCUAACCAACAUGAUCCCCAAAGAUGAAGCUGGUACCUACAACCCAUGGUGUGUGGAUGUGUCCAAAUGACACUGUGUACUGCCUUCCAUAUGAAACCAAAAUAACUGUAUGAAUAGUAACCAAUCCAAUCAGUUAAUUUUAAUAUGUUCUGUUAAUACAUUGUGGAGAGUAAUCCCUGUACAAAUAUGAACUUAUCAACUUAUCAAACAUCUUGUACACACAUUGAGCAAUAUGAAAAAUACUGAUUGCUUCCUCUGGGCUCAAUAAAUUGUCUUUGCAGUUUCUUUGUGAA